AUGGUAACCUUCGGAGUAGUCUUCGUGGAGUUGCUACAGGACGAAUGCCCUUCAUGCUUUAGCCUUACCCUUCACAAAGCACUUGACCAAGGAAUUGCGGCAGCGAGCUGUGGCGUCCCGCAGCCCAACGAUCGGACACUAUCUCCGACGCCAGGCUGUUACAACUUCAAUACCAUGUCCACUUCGGGCGACAACGGCGCUCUCAGUGAUGAGCGAGAUGGUGGCGAUUUCUCACGUCCUCCAACGACCAUGCUUAUUCGUUCUUCGCCCCUCCCCGAAACAGCACAAUCGCCGACAAAUUUGGACGAGAACAGUCGUGUUGGGCAAAUUCAACCAACUUCAGCUAAAGCGCGGUUAGCAUUUGAAGUUUCGGAACGAUUCUCUCAUUCGCUAGCAGCUAUGCUGAGGCCGAAAGGAACGUAUGUUGGUCCCGUGCAUCCGGAAACAUAUGAACGCCUGAAAAGCCCUGACACAUCAUUAUCAACC